AUGAUAAACUCUACACAUGUUUCAUAUUUCGUACUAGCUGCCUACUUUGAUGCAGGGACUUUGACCUAUUUGAUUUUCACGGCUAUUAUGUUUUUAUAUAUUUCAACUGUUUGUGCCAAUCUUUUACUCAUUGUGGUUAUCUGCAUGAACAGAAGUUUACAUGAACCUAUGUGCAUCUUUCUGUGCAGCCUGUUUAUGAAUGAACUGUAUGGUAGCACAAUGAUGCUUCCAUUCCUUCUGGACCAGAUUAUCUCUGAUGUUCACAUCGUUUCUUUUUCUUUUUGUUACCUGCAAAUUUUUUGUAUUUAUACCUAUGCAAAUGUUCAAUUUUGUAAUUUAGCCGUCAUGUCUUAUGACAGAUAUCUUGCCAUCUGUCAUCCUCUACACUACAGCAGACGUAUGACAGGUAACAAGGUUGCUGUGCUUAUUACAUUUAUAUGGUUAUUCCCAUUUGUUGAAGUCGCUGUCAUGAUAUCUUUGAGUGCCACAUUACAGCUGUGUGGGAACAUCAUUAACAAAGUUUACUGUGACAAUUUCUCUAUUGUCAGACUUGCAUGCUCUGACAUCACAGUCAACAACAUCUAUGGAAUUAUUUAUACAAUUGUCUUAAUAGUUGGUGUUGGAAUAUUAAUUGUUUACACUUAUAUAAGAAUUCUUAAAGUCUGUUUCUCUGGUUCUAAACAGACCAGACAGAAAGCUGUCAGUACCUGCACACCUCACCUCGCUUCUCUGCUCAACUUCUCUUUUGGUAGUUUCUUUGAAAUCAUGCAGAGCAGAUUUAACAUGAGCAAUGUACCGAACAUGUUACGCAUCUUUUUGUCAUUGUACUUUCUGACGUGUCAGCCGCUCUUCAACCCUGUACUUUAUGGACUGAACAUGUCUAAAAUACGUAUCUUAUGUAAAAGGUUUCUCUUUGGUAAAAUGUAA